ACACACAACGAGUAAUAUGUAUUACAAAUCCGCUUCAAUCUUUAAGGUACUGUCAGGAGACAUUUGUUCAACUGAUUUAGUGGCAUGUUUAUGGUAUCACUGCUUACACCUGGGAUGAUUCCACUUUAAAUGCCGUAUAUAGGCAAAUGUGUAUGCUACAACCGGGUAUACAUUGCGUCUUGUACCGUGAUAUACGAGUAAAUAUCACGAAUAGACAAUGAUCAUGGCAAUAACACAGUAGACAAGAUGGUGACUACUAAGAAGAGAAGUGAUAACGCAGGAGUACAGUUCGCCGACGUACCCACGGUACAUCACUAUGAUAUCGCACGUGAAGCUGCACCGGUAGGUGAUAUAAAAGAUAAAUGGAAGAUUCUACCGUGCUACAUGGGCAUGAGAGGUAUAGCACGCCAGCAUAUCAACUCGUAUAACAAUUUCGUACUACGGGAAAUCAAGGAAAUUGUAAACGCACCAAGCAACAAAAUGCUAAAAAGCGAUGCUUGCAAGAAGUUUUACAUCGAGUUCAUCGAUAUUAAUGUGGGAGAGCCCACAAUGUCAGAGAAUAACAACAAGCCUAUACUACUGACGCCACAGCUCUGUCGUAUGCGCGAUAUUACCUAUAGCGCGCCCAUGUACGUAGACGUGGAGUACUACAACGGUGAGGGAGUAGCGUCAAAGCGAGUUGAAAUUGGACGACUACCAGUAAUGCUACGCAGCUGCGUAUGUGCACUCUCAGGAGGUAUGCGCGCCAAUGGAAAUGUGGAUAAUUUUGAAUUAUCAUCACGACUUGGAGAGUGCCCAUACGAUCCAGGAGGUUAUUUCAUCAUUAAAGGAGUGGAAAAGGUAAUAUUGAUGCAGGAACAGUUAAGCAAGUGUAGAGUCAUUGUGGAAACAGAUGUUAAGAAAAAUAUAUGCGCCACAGUGACUUCAGCAACAGCUGAGUCGAAAAGUAGAACGGCAGUAGUAUACAAAAACCAAAAGUUAUACGUAAGACAUAACAGCUUCACAGAUGAUGUGCCGCUGUGUAUCAUACUCAAAGCCAUGGGUGUCACAACCGACGAAGAAAUUGCACAACUUAUCGGAACAGCAGGUGCCAGGGAGUACCUACCAACAGGAGGUGAUUAUAUACUAUCCAUAGAAGAUCUGUAUAACGAAGGGAUCAAUACAAGAAUGGAUGCACUCUUGUACGUAGGACGUAAAGUAAGACCCAGACCAUUGGCUAAAGGGUUCUUCACAAGCUCAAAAGAACGAUUACCAAAAACUAACCAGAACCUAAUAGAAGAUACACAUGAUAUACUGACACGAGUGCUGCUGUCACAUAUACCAAUGAGAAAUUGCCGAGAUUUUUCGGGAAAAAUAAAAAGUCUGUGUCUAAUGGCAAGGCGAGUGCUUUCCGUAGCCAGUGGCAAAGAACCGAUGGACGAUAAGGACCAUUACGGUAAUAAACGACUUGAACUUGCAGGACAGCUGAUAUCGAUCCUCUUCGAAGAUUUAUUCAAGGCGUUCCUAGGUCAACUGAAGAAACAAAUUGAUGCUACACUCACAAGGCAUUAUGAAAUUGUGUCAAACUGCCAUGGAGGUGAACAGGCAAAAUAUCCAGAUUGCCUAGUUAGCCUGCCAACAGAUAUUAUUACCAGAGGAAUGCAAGCAACAAUAUCAACAGGGAAUUGGAAUAUAAAAAGAUUCAGAAUAGAACGAAGUGGAGUAUCGCAAAUAUUGUCAAGGCUCUCUUAUAUAUCGUGUCUAGGAAUGAUGACGAAAACAAAUUCACAAUUUGAAAAAGGACGUAAAGUUAGUAAACCAAGGGCACUGCAACCCUCGCAACUAGGUUUAAUAUGCCCAUGUGAUACGCCAGAAGGUGAGAGUUGUGGACUAGUGAAAAACCUAAGUUUAAUGAACCACGUAACAACGGAUGGCGAUAUCGAAAGGUUGGUAGAGUUGCUCUACUGGCUUGGAGUGGAGUCGGCAGACGCACUCUCAGCAAGAGAUUGCUUCGACGAUGAUAGGAAUGUAACAGUAUUCCUGAAUGGUAUAAUUAUAGGAGUCCACCAAAAUGGGAAACAGCUAAUCAAAGAUGUAGUGGCAUUAAGAAGAAGAGGCAAGAUAAGUGCAUUUGUCUCGGUGUUUGAGAAUUAUCAGCAACGAGAAGUGCACAUAUCGUCAGAUGGAGGGAGAUUAUGUAGACCCCUGAUUGUAGUGGAAAAUGGAAAACCACUACUUACACCAAAGGUACUGUCACAACUGGUAGAAGGACAAAUACCACUCUCGAAACUAUUUGCAUCGGGGGUACUCGAAUGGAUAGAUGUCAACGAGGAAAAUAAUACACUCAUAGUCAUGAGAGAAAGUGAUAUCACACCGAAAACCACGCAUCUUGAAAUUAGCCCUAUGAGCAUGCUGGGAGUAGUGGCAGGGUUAAUACCGUUCCCAAACCAUAACCAAAGCCCAAGAAAUACAUACCAAUGCGCAAUGGGAAAGCAAUCUAUAGGUAGUAUAGGGUACAAUCAAUUGAAUAGGUGCGAUACCAUACUGCAUCUGAUGGUAUACCCGCAGAGACCACUGGUGACCACAAAAGCGAUACAGCUGGUAAACUUCGAUAAGCUGCCAGCAGGACAAAAUGUUAUAGUCGCAGUAAUGAGCUACCAGGGAUAUGAAAUCGAAGAUGCAGUGGUGAUCAACAAGGCGUCAAGCGAACGCGGAUUCAGUAGGUGCUACUCACUGAGGAGGGUCACAGUUGAAAUUGAGAAGUUAAACCACGCAGCAGAGAGGCCGGGUGGACUCAAUAACAGGCCGCAAAUAACUAAUGUAACACCAGUGGACGACCUAACUGGAGAUAGUGUAAUUGGAGUAGGACAAAAAGUGAAAAAAGAUGAUACGCUACUGAAAAAGCUGACGCAAACGUCAACGGGACAGAUCAAGGUCACGGAUAUAAAGUAUCAAUUCAACCAGCCAGCAUACGUAGAUAGAGUCAUGUGCAUAACAACUAUCGCAGAAAGCGUUAUGUAUAAAAUAAUGCUAAGACAAGUGAGAUUACCGGAAAUAGGUGAUAAAUAUAGCAGUAGACAUGGACAAAAAGGGGUGGUAGGGCUCAUAGAAAGCCAGGAAAAUCUACCAUUCAGCGAGCAUGGAUGGGUACCGGAUCUUAUAAUGAACCCACAUGGAUUCCCAUCACGAAUGACAGUAGGCAAAAUGCUAGAGCUGGUAGCAGCCAAAGCAGCUGUGCUCAACGGUAUAUUCGAAGACGGGACGCCGUUCGAAGCGGAUUCACUGCCAGCGAUUGAAAGAAGCCUUAUAAAAAAGGGAUUCCACCCAGCAGGAAAGGAAAUACUGUACUCAGGUAUCACGGGAGAACCCUUGGAAACACUUAUAUUCACAGGGCCAAUGUACUACCAGAAGCUGAAGCAUAUGGUAUCAGAUAAAAUACACGCACGUGCUGUAGGACCUAGACAGUCACUAACCAGGCAACCAACAGAAGGACGCUCAAAAGAUGGUGGACUAAGACUAGGUGAAAUGGAAAGAGACUGCCUUAUCGCAUACGGAGCAAGUGGACUGCUAGUAGAACGAUUAAUGCUAAGCAGUGAUGUAUUCCAAAUGGAUGUGUGCCACCAAUGCGGAUUCAUAGGAUACGAUGGAUGGUGCGCAUACUGUAAACAAAGAGGACAAACAGCAACUGUAGCCAUACCGUACGCAUGUAAACUGCUAUUCCAAGAACUACAAGCAAUGAAUAUACGGCCAAACGUUAUACUCAAGGAAAGUACAGGCACAUAGCGAACAACUG